UUGGCGGAGGCGCCGCCGUCCCGCCCCCGCGCUGUUGUCCGGGCAAGGAAGAUGGCGGCGGCCGCUGUGAAGAGCAUCGGGGGCGGGCUGGGCAACGCGCUGAGGGAGCUCCGCAUCCACCUGUGCCAGCGCUCCGCCGGCAGCCGCGGCGUCAGGGAAUUCAUCGAGAAGCACUAUGUGACUCUGAAGAAGGCAAAUCCCAACUUCCCCAUCCUGAUCCGCGAGUGCUCCGGUAUCCAGCCCAAGCUCUGGGCUCGGUACGAGUUUGGGAAGGAGAAGAGCAUCCCACUGAACAACCUAAGUGUGGAUGAAGUGGGCAAGGCCCUGGAGAGCGUUGUGAAAAGCCACCCAUGAUGACAGGAAAUACACACGUGCUGGAGACUUGACUGAUUAUCUCUAAUGUCAAAGAUGUAUCUUUAAUUUAUGAAUUCAUAAAUACAAUGUGCUUACCUUGA